GCCCGCGCCCGCCCGCACCAUGCUCAAGUGCAUCCCGCUGUGGCGCUGCAACCGGCACGUGGAGUCGGUGGACAAGCGGCACUGCUCACUGCAGGCCGUGCCCGAGGAGAUCUACCGCUACAGCCGCAGCCUGGAGGAGCUGCUUCUCGACGCCAACCAGCUGCGCGAGCUGCCCAAGCCUUUUUUUCGGCUGCUGAACUUGCGCAAGCUGGGCCUGAGUGACAACGAGAUCCAGCGGUUGCCCCCCGAGGUGGCCAACUUCAUGCAGCUGGUGGAGCUGGAUGUAUCCAGGAACGACAUUCCUGAGAUCCCCGAGAGCAUCAAGUUCUGCAAGGCCUUGGAGAUCGCGGACUUCAGCGGGAACCCCUUGUCCAGGCUCCCUGAAGGCUUCACUCAGCUGCGCAGCCUGGCUCACUUGGCUCUGAAUGACGUGUCCUUGCAGGCGCUGCCCGGGGACGUGGGCAACCUGGCCAAUUUGGUGACCUUGGAGCUUCGGGAGAACCUGCUCAAGUCCCUGCCUGCGUCCUUGUCUUUUCUGGUCAAGCUGGAACAGCUGGAUCUGGGAGGCAAUGAUCUGGAAGUGCUGCCUGAUACCCUGGGGGCUCUGCCCAAUCUGCGAGAGCUGUGGCUGGACCGGAACCAGCUGUCGGCACUGCCCCCAGAGCUCGGGAACUUGCGGCGCCUGGUGUGCCUAGAUGUGUCGGAGAACCGGCUAGAGGAGCUGCCCGCGGAGCUCGGCGGGCUGGUGCUGCUCACCGACCUGCUGCUCUCCCAGAACUUGCUGCAGCGGCUUCCUGACGGCAUUGGUCAGUUGAAGCAGCUGUCCAUCCUGAAGGUGGAUCAGAACCGCCUGUGUGAGGUGACCGAGGCCAUCGGGGACUGUGAGAACCUGUCUGAGCUGAUCCUCACGGAAAACCUGCUGACGGCCUUGCCCCACUCGCUGGGGAAGCUGAGCAAGCUGACCAACCUCAAUGUGGACCGGAACCGCCUGGAGGUACUGCCACCUGAGAUUGGAGGCUGUGUAGCGCUCAGUGUGCUAUCCUUGAGGGACAACCGCCUGGCUGUCCUACCACCUGAGCUCGCCCACACAGCCGAGCUGCAUGUGCUGGAUGUGGCAGGGAACCGGCUGCAGAGUCUGCCGUUCGCACUCACCCAUCUCAACCUCAAGGCCCUGUGGCUGGCUGAGAACCAGGCACAGCCCAUGCUCCGGUUCCAGACCGAGGACGACGCCCAGACUGGUGAGAAGGUGCUCACCUGCUACCUGCUGCCGCAGCAGCCCCUGCCCAGCCUCGAUGACCCAGGGCAGCGAAGCAGCCCUUCAGAGAGUUGGAGCGACGCCCCGCUCAGCCGUGUCAGCGUCAUCCAGUUCUUGGAGGCCCCCUUGGGUGACGAGGAUGCCGAGGAGGCCACUGCCGAGAAGCGGGGCCUGCAGCGUCGGGCCACACCUCAUCCCAGUGAGCUCAAGGUGAUGAAGAGAGGUGUUGAAGAGCGUCGGAGCGAGCCGUACUGCUGCGGGCCAGAUCCCAGACCACCCUCGCCCUUGGAAGAGGAAAAGAGGCUGAGUGCCGUGUCUGGUCUGAGUGAGGGCUCGCACCUGUCCACCAGCACGGCCUCCCAGGGUGAGCCUGAGGUCCUGCUGGCCGAGGCAGAGGGACUAAGCCAGCAGGAAGCUGCACCGGCUGCCCAGGAGGAGGCUGCAGAGGAGGCCUACGAGGAGCCCACAGUGCGCUUCGCAGAGGACACGCUGUUGCUGCCAGGGGAAGAUGGCGAGAAUGAGGAAGGGCAGUUGGAGGCUCCCUGGUCCCUGCCUGGUGGGAGACAGCGGCUCAUCCGGAAGGAUACACCGCACUACAAGAAGCACUUCAAGAUCUCCAAGCUGCCCCAGCCCGAGGCCGUCGUGGCUCUGUUGCAGGGGACGCAGCCUGACGGCGAGGGCCCUGCUGGGCCUGGGGCUUGGCACAAUGGCCCCCACACACCCUGGGCUCCUCGGGCCGAGGAGGAGGAGGAGGCCAAGGAGGAGGAGGUGGAGGAAGAGGCUGGAGAGGAGGAAGAAGAGGAGGUGGCGGUGGCAGCCGAGGCCGUGGAAGAAAAGGAAGAGGCCGUGGCCUCUGUGCCGUCUGUCAAGGGGGUGUCGUUUGACCAGGCCAAUAACCUGCUGAUAGAGCCCGCUCGCAUUGAGGAAGAAGAGCUGAUGGUCACCAUCGUGCGGCAGACGGGGGGCCUGGGCAUCAGCAUCGCAGGUGGCAAGGGCUCCACCCCCUACAAGGGAGACGACGAGGGCAUAUUCAUCUCUCGGGUGUCCGAGGAGGGCCCUGCAGCCCGGGCAGGAGUCCGUGUGGGCGACAAGCUCCUCGAGGUGAAUGGUGUGGCCUUGCAGAAUGCCGAGCACCACCAGGCCGUGGAGGCGCUGCGGGGCGCAGGCACAACCGUGCAGAUGCGGCUGUGGCGGGAGCGCAUGGUGGAGCCCGAGAACGCCGUCACUGUCACGCCUCUGCGGCCCGAGGACGACUACAACCCCCGGGAGCGGUGGGGAGGUGGCCUGCGCCUGCCCCUACUCCAGCCCGAGACCCCCGGGCCCCUCCGCCAGCGCCACGUGGCUUGCCUCGUGCGCAGCGAGAAGGGGUUGGGCUUCAGCAUCGCUGGCGGGAAAGGCUCCACACCCUACCGGGCUGGUGACGGGGGCAUCUUCAUCUCUCGCAUCGCUGAGGGGGGUGCUGCCCACCGGGCAGGCACUCUGCAGGUCGGCGACCGUGUUCUCUCGAUCAACGGGGUGGACAUGACCGAGGCCAGGCACGACCAUGCUGUCUCCUUGUUGACUGCCGCCUCCCCAACCAUUGCCCUGCUGUUGGAGCGGGAGGCUGGAGGGCCCCUUCCCCCCAGUCCCCCACCACACUCCCCCCCGCCCACCGUUGCUGCCACCACCACUGUGGUCACUGCCACCCCUGGGGAGCCUGGGCCACUGAGGCUGGCCCCCAGCCUGCUGGCCGCUGCCUUGGAGGGGCCGUACCCAGUGGAGGAGAUCUGCCUGCCGAGAGCUGGAGGCCCACUGGGGCUUAGCAUCGUCGGAGGCUCUGACCACUCCAGCCACCCGUUUGGUGUCCAGGAGCCUGGGGUGUUCAUCUCCAAGGUGCUCCCACGGGGCCUGGCUGCGCGCAGCGGCCUGCGGGUCGGUGACCGCAUCCUGGCGGUGAACGGGCAGGAUGUGAGGGAGGCCACGCACCAGGAUGCGGUCAGCGCCCUUCUCCGGCCUUGCCUGGAGCUGGUCCUGCUCGUGCGGAGGGACCCACCGCCCCCGGGCAUGCGGGAACUCUGUAUCCAGAAGGCUCCUGGGGAGAAGCUCGGCAUCAGCAUCCGCGGGGGUGCCAAAGGCCAUGCAGGGAACCCCUGCGAUCCCACAGAUGAGGGCAUCUUCAUUUCCAAGGUGAGCCCCACGGGAGCGGCAGGGCGUGAUGGCCGGCUGCGAGUGGGGCUGCGGCUACUAGAGGUGAACCAGCAGAGCCUGCUGGGCCUGACUCACGGUGAGGCCGUGCAGCUGCUGCGCAGUGUGGGCGACAACCUCACCGUGCUCGUCUGCGACGGCUUCGAUACCAGCAUCACCACACCCCCCGAGGUGUCCCCGGGCAUCAUUGCCAACCCCUUUGCGGCAGGCAUCGGCCGCCGGAACAGCCUGGAAAGCAUCUCCUCCAUUGACCGGGAGCUGAGCCCUGAGAGCCCCGCCAAGGAGAAGGAGCUGCCUGGACAGGCCUUGCAUUGGGGGCCGGAGGCCACAGGUCGGAGCCCAGAGAGCCUGAAGCUGGACUACCGCGCUCUGGCCGCCAUGCCUGGCAGUGUGCAGAGGGUACCAUCUGGGAUGACAGGAGGGAAGAUGGCCGAGGCUCCUCGAUCCCCCAGCUGCCAGCAGCCCCCCUCCCCCCCCUCCCCUGACGAGCUGCCCACCAGUGUGAAGCAGGCCUACAGGACCUUCGCUGCCGUGCCCGGCCCGCACCCGGCCCAGGACGCCCCUGCCCAGUCCCCUGCACCUGGGCUGGCCGCCUCCCCGGAGCAGCUGACCUUCCGCGAGCGGCAGAAGUACUUUGAGCUGGAGGUGCGGGUGCCCCAGGCUGAGGGCCGCCCCAAGCGCGUGUCACUGGUGGGUGCUGACGACCUGCGGAAGAUGCAGGAGGAGGAAGCCCGAAAGCUGCAGCAGAAGAGGGCACAGAUGCUGCAGGAGGCUGCGGACGCAGGGCUCACCCUGGACUCCCUGGACGGGGAGGCCCCCGAUGACGAUGAGCCAGAGGAGGAACCGCCCUGGGCGGGCCCAGGCCCUGCCACGGGGCUCGGCCCUGCGUCCCCUGCACCCCUGGGAGGCAGUGCCCCGGUGCGGACGGCCAAAGCUGAGCGGCGCCAUCAGGAGCGGCUGCGCGUGCAGAGCCCCGAGCUCCCCAUGCCCGAGCGGGCCCUGUCCCCAGCCGAGCGCCGUGCCCUGGAGGCCGAGAAGCGCGCACUAUGGAGGGCGGCCAGGAUGAAGUCCCUGGAGCAGGAUGCCCUCCGUGCACAGAUGGUCCUCAGCAAGUCCCAGGAGGGCCGGAGCAAGCGUGGGCCCCUGGAGCGGCUCGCUGAAGCCCCCUCGCCCGCGCCUACUCCAUCACCCACCCCUUUGGAAGAUCUUGGCCCCCAGACCAGCACCUCCCCUGGACGCCUGGCCUUGUCUGGGAGGAAGUUUGACUACAGGGUGUUUGCAGCCCUGCCUUCUUCCAGACCUGUCUAUGACAUGCAGUCCCCAGAUUUUGCUGAGGAGCUGAGGUCCUUGGAACCAUCUCCCAGCCCCGGCCUGCAGGAGGAGGACGGAGAGGUGGCCAUGGUGCUGCUGGGCAGGCCCUCACCAGGCGCCCUGGGCCCCGAGGAGGUGACACUGUGCAGCAGCCGCCGCCCCAUGCGGCCAGGGCGCCGCGGCCUGGGCCCGGUCCCCUCCUAGAGGGCUGGGGUACCUCCCCCCGACUUGGGGUGGGGGCCCUGCCAGCUCCACCGCCAUCCUCGCCCCGAGUCUUUUAACCUGGGUGUUAGCGUUUUAAAGAGACCCCUCAGGAGUUCUGGCCGCCAACUAACUGCCGCUCCCCAGCCGGGACCUCUUGGCAAGACUGUAACUAGUGACGUUUGUACAACCAAAGACUCUAUUUUGUGGUUUAAGGAGAAUAAAAUUGACUACGUUUUA